UCAACACCAUACUGUUUGCGAGUGAUUUCGCAAGGAAAUAUAGUUUUUGCAGAGGUGUUUCUGACCGGUCACGAGCAGUCGGUGUCCGUACUGAGCCUCUCCCCGCGGGACGCACUGCUCCUGUGCUCGUGUAGCGCAGAGAGAGUUAUUGUGUGGGACAUGAGCAGUCUGGACCACAGCCACCCUUUGACAGAGAGCAUACCAACAGGCGUAGAAGUCGGGUUAGAUUUGGGCUACAUAGAAUUCUGUGGCUUCAGUUGGGACAAUAAAUGGCUUGCCUUAUACAAGGAUAAAGAGCUAUGGAUCCUAAAACUUCAGUUUCUAUCUUCGGAGACGAGGGCUUCGUGUGUUGUCGUCCAGUCUGUUGACACGCAUGGUGUUGUCGAGGUGAGCAGCUCGCGGGGCAGUGUGUUCACGUUCUCGUCUGAGGACAACGACCUGCUGGUGCUCGUCGAGCAGAGCCACUGCUUCAAGGUGUUGGAUGUUCUGGCACUGUCCGUCUUGUACCAGUCGGCGACUGUGGAAUCCAGUCCUGUGUCUUGUGCGGUGUUUGCUGAUCAUAAGCUACUGCUUGGCAGCUCUCGGGGCAUGGUCAAUAUUUUCCGAGUGACGAGGAGUCACGCUCGCCUCGUCGCCAAGUUUGAUGUGACCAGGUCGUUCCAGCAAGACAGGGCUGCAGGUGUGGAGAACGACCCGAAGGGCUACGCCUUGUUAGCAGAGGAUCAAGAAACAGCCUGUGAUAUCGAGGAGCUUGGGUGUAUUGUCUCCAGCUUACGUGUCUUCAACCGAGCAUCAGUAAGCGUUUCGCUUGAGAGCACAGAUGAAGACUUCGAUGGCAGGGAAGAAACAGAGUCUUUGCUACGCUCAGUUCUGCAGCCUGGACCUGUACUGGUGGUGGGCUGCAAUGUGGGGAUUGCUCUGUACGACGUCAAAACACAAGACUGUCUCGUGCAUAUCAAGCUUGCAGAAAUCUUCAGAGAAAAACUGUCCUCAAGAGAGUUGCUGCCACUGAUCGACUUUGUUGUGGUCGGAGGGCAAGACUUAAACGAUGUUUAUUGUGUCAGUAAGAUGCUGACGGGCGGUGUCAAGGUUUACAUGGCAAUUUUAUUUGUGGAAACAAAUGAUCUCAGUCUUCCUAACAAGAUUAUAACUGUGAUUCCUGGGGAGCCGAUGAAGUUAAAGUCGCCCCUCCAAUGCUGCAUGCCGAGCAGAAAGCAACCAUCGCUGUACAGCACCAGGAGCAAUCCCAGCAGCUGCAGCAGCAGGGGCCUCACGAAACAGAGAUCCUCGGGCUACGGCAGACCAUUUCGCAUGCAGAUGUUCCAUCCUAGCAUUAACAGCCAUAAGAAGCACAGCACUGCAUCUGCCUCUAAGGUUUAUAAAUCACUGCCUGACAUAGUGGACAGUUAUGCUUCACGCUUGAUGCAGCAACAGGGGCCACCUGUGAAACUUGUGAAACAACUGUCUGUCUGGAAACCUCCAUGUACCGCCACACAUCUAACAAUUUCAGGAAAUGGGAAACACAUUGCUUGCAGUUCCAAUCGUUCAGAUAUUUGUGUGCUACAACUUGAUAAGCUUGAUGCUGAAAAUGGUUGGAGUCUUUUUGGCCACAACAAGCAGAUAAACUCUCUGCACUUCAGUCUGGACUCCAAGUGGAUGGUCAGUAGCUCAGCAGAUGGUUCUGCCAAAGUUUGGGACUGGAAUCACAGGCGUUGUAUGUUGAACAUUGAUAACACAGUGGGUUUGAAACACAGCAAAAAAACCUUGAGUAAUAAGAAUCAGAGUUUGGGGCCCGUGACACAAGCCAGGUUCUUCUACAUGGACCAGUUCGUCCUGCUGGCAGAACGCGGGUGUUUGAUGCUUGUAUCGCACACACUGCAUGGAGAGCCACUCACUCCUCAGAGCAAGUCCGACACAGUUAACUGGAAGUGCAUCCGGAGGAUCGACAUGAAUACUCAGCAGGUUACCUGCUUCAGUGCAGCCAACCAGUUCCACUCUUACCUGGGGAUCUGCGGCUGCUCGAGCCGGGCCAUCAAGGUGUUUGACCUGAACGCGGAGCGGCCGUGCCUGGAGCUGGCCGAGGCCCACCCGCGCCCCCCGCACCGCGUCGUGCAGCUCGAGGGCUCCCCCUGCGCAUCCCACCCCGCUGCUGCGCAUGACCUCUUCCUCUCGGCCGCCGUGCGCGACGGCGCCCGGCUGUGGGACCUGCGCUCCGCCAGAUGUGUACAGAGAUUCAGUCAGCACUCAAACAGAAGUUACAACAGUGGUGUCGACAUCAGCCCAUGUGGCCGAUACGUUGCAGCCAGCUCUGAUGACAAAACGGUGUACGUGUACGACACGCGUAGCGCGGAGGAGCCCCUGGGGAGGCUGCUGGGUCUCGGGGACGUGGUCAUGGAUGUGGCGUUCAGCCCGCUGCAGCCUGUGCUGGUGGCGCUGGGCCUCAACGCCCGGGUUGUGACCUUCUGUCCGUAGCACUCUCCCAAGACUGAUCACUCUCUUACCAACGUUUAACCAUUUUAUUAACUUCUGUGUUUACUUUGGCACACAUUUCUUAAUUUGAAAUACUGGAUAUUGUUUUCUUUAGGAAAUUAUUUUUUUUUUUACUUUUUUUUUAUUGACUUUAUUCUACAAAAAUUUUACAGUAAAAAGAAUAUUUGAAAAUUUUGCGAAA